GAAGGAGAACAAACGAAGAAUGUUUGAUUGGUAAGGAAAUCGGAAAUCAUGACUGCACUUUCCGGGAGCUCACUAACCGUUGGAUUCGUCGGAGAAUCCACAAAACGAAGAUCUCCGUCGCCGUCGAUCUUCCACUUCUCGUCUCGUCUCCGGUUUCUGAUUCCAAUCGCCGUGAAAACCAGAUCUGACGGGGCUAAUCUGCUGCGGAAGCCGGCGACGGGGAAUUUCCGGCCGGAGAAUCGUUCAGACGAGGCGAUCGUAGAUUGGGAGGAUCAAAUAUUGGAGGAAACGGUUCCGCUUGUCAAUUUCGCCAAAAUGAUCCUUCACUCCGGGAGAUACAAAAACGGGGAGAGAUUAAGCAGGGAGCACGAGAAGGCGGUGAUAGAGAAGCUGCUUCCGUACCAUCCAGAAUACGAGAGAAAGAUCGAAGGCGGCAUCAACCACAUAAAGGUGAUGAAUCAUCCAGAACACGGGGAGACGAGAUGCAUGUUCGUGGUGUGGAGGAACGGAGAGGAGAUAGACUUCUCGUACUGGAAAUGCGUGAAAGGGUUGAUAAGGAGAAAGUACCCUUUGCAUUCCCAAAACUUCAUCUUCAAACAUUUCAGAUACCAUUCAUGAUUUUCCUAUAUUACAUUUAACACUUUAAUCAAAUGUUUUAUCAUAUAUUAUGUAUGCAUUCCCUACAAUGUAAUAUCAAUAUCCCUUUUUUAUCA